GCACAACGUGAUAUAAGAGCUGAUACCCCACCUACGCUCCAGUUGCUGAUUGGCGUUACGCAGGUAACCAGCUAUUAUUUAUUACCCCAAAGCUUGGACGCCUCAUUUAUCAGUGAUCUCACUACAGGAUCUAUCCGUUUCCACUUUCACCUGCACCAGGGCGCACGCAGCUGACUCUUUUACCAAAUAACCUGCUCGACUGAAAACAGGUGGUGCUGAGAAAAUGAGGAGAGGUUUGCUGCUGGUGACUCUGUUCCUCGUCAUGAAACUUCGAUACAGCCAGUCCAGAUGCGAGGAGCCCGGAUCGCGCAGAUCAACUUCAGAUACUGCAGGUCUGGACAACAUCAAGAGGAACAUUCUGAAGAGGUACAGCGAUUUGGACUAUGACAGCUUUGUGGGUCUGAUGGGCAGAAGAAGUGCCGAUGGAAACGCUGUACAGUCACCACAAAAAAGGGAAAUGAAUGACAUUUUUGUUGGUCUCAUGGGAAGGAGAAACUCAGAGUCUGAUAAUGGCCCCUGGAGGAGAGAGUAUCCAGAAAGGAGAGGCAUUUUUCUCAACAAGUGCAGGCUGAGGUUUCUACAGGGGCUGUAGACACUACAUACUGAAGCAGCUCUCAUCACAAAACAAUGACAGAAGACCACAGAGAACACCAACAAUGAACUAGAUGUCUGAUGGAAAUGACUGAAUGAUAACGAUUCACAUUGUAAACCUGCCAGGUGGCUUACGAAAGUGACCAUAAACUACACAGAUUGUAUUUGUUUUAUCUGAUGAUACAACCUAAUUAGAAGUAACAGCUGAUACAUACAACAUUUCUUUAUCAUGUUAUUCUUUUUCUUUAAAGUUCAAAAUAAACAUCAUUUUUAUACAUAAUUUAUUCAUUUUAAAAAUCUGUGCAUUUUCCAGCCAUUUGAGUGAUUCUUUAAACUCGGCUCUAGCACAGACACUAAUGUUCAAUCAUACUUGUUCCAAUGUUUAUAUAAAAUGACAUGAAAAGAGGGAUUCAUCGGGGCUUUAUAUAAUACUGUGUUCUUCAGAAGCUACAGUGUUCUCAAACAGAAGCACAGAGGGUUUUAAGUACGCACUUCUAUAUCAGAGCAUCUCAUAUCUCUCAACAUUUUCACAGCAAAGUUGUAGCUUUUCUUACUGAAACAAACAUUGAAUUACUGCUCGCUGUGGACGAGUCUGUCUUAAGUAAUUAACCACAAAGUAUCCAAAAGGAAAUUAAAUGACAAAAUCUUAUUGUAAUUUAUUUUUUUUUUUAAGUUUUAUAUAACUGAAAUGUAACUUCAGAAAAGUAACAAAUGAAGAAUGCAGAAUAGCAAAAAGGCCACAUAGAAAAGAAGCUAUGUUGAAGUUGUGACACACACUGCCAUUUGUUGCUGCUUUCCAUUUCAAGAAAUAAAUUGAAAAUAAUGA